AUGUCCGGCAAGACAAACGGACCGCCCGCCGACAAUGCUGCACCUGCAAGCUCCAAUGCAUCGGCGAGCAGUGCUGGGAGCGCGAAUGCUUCUGGUGCGACGUCUCAGAAGCCGCAGAACCCAGCCUUUCGGAUGAUGGGUACGCAGUGCUUCCCUCUCACAAUCUAGUACUCACCUGUUGACCCUGUCAAGGUUUGCCUAGAUUACGUCUACCAUCUCGCAACUGGAUGAUAUUUCUUUCCGUCACGGGAAGCUUCGCCGGAGCUGUUAUAUACGACAAAUGGCAGACGAAACGCAUGCGGGAGAAGUGGUGCAGCAUGGUAUCGCACAUUGCCGAUCAACCUCUGGACACGAAAACUGCGCCCCGCAAAGUCACGAUCUAUCUAUGUGCGCCACCUGGAGAUGGAUUGAGAAGCGCGAGGGAGCAUUUCCAUGAGUACGUUAAACCCGUGCUGGUAUCUGCUGCAAUGGACUGGGAUGUGGUGGAAGGGAGAAAAGAAGGAGAUGUAAGACACAAGACAGCUGAGCGAAUCAGAAAGAGAAGGAGACUAGAAGGCGAAGGGCCUGCAACUGCAGAAGAAGACGCAGAAGAGUAUACCGUGGAGUCUAUUCGUGCGAAGAAUGGCGAUGUCGACUUUCCUGGCGUAGCCGGCGACAUCGUGAUUGGACGUCACACCUGGAAGGAGUACAUCAGAGGCAUACAUGAAGGCUAUCUUGGACCAGUUGAUGCGCCCAAGAGCCUGGCAGAAGGUGAUGCAUCCGACCAGUCUGAACCAAUAAAACAUGCUUCGGGCCAGCCUUCUGUCGGGGACGCGGCAGUCAACGCUGCGACCGAAACCGCCAUACAAGAUGCGCAUGCCUCACCAGUAGAAUCGCUGGAAUCAGCUGUCUCUGGCAACGCAUCCGCAACCGACGAUCAUGGGCCCGAGAAGGCGUCUCCUGAGGUUCAGUCUGAUACAGAGAAGAAAGAGAAGGAGGUAGAGAAGCCGAAACGUCGAUUUCCUCCGCCGUACGUCUCACCUGAUGAGUACGAUACCGCAGCCCUGUCACCUUCGACUCCCGAGAUUAUUGGUCCCAGUGUAGGCGUACGCAUGCCUCAUCUGUUGGGAUUCAGAAACACGCCAAUUCGAAUCUACCGUUUCCUGAACAGACGGAGGCUGCAAGACGAUGUUGGGCGCCAGGUCGCUGCAGCAGUGUUGGCCGCGCACCGUCCAUAUGGUUCAGUAGCCGUGACGAACGAUGACAGCGCAACUGAAAGUAUUGUUGAUGUCCCGGAGCAGCAAGGAGUUCUGGCUUUCGAGGAAAAGGAUUGGUGGAGCAAGGUCGUCAACCGGCAACGCGAAGAGCAUGAAGAGAGCGUUUGGAUUGAGCCGAUAGCUCUGGACGAGCGCAUUGCGAGUCGCAUGCGCGCAUUCUACUUGACCUCCGAAGACGAGGAUCGCGCGAAGAGAAUGGAAAAUGGGACGGAGAAGGCCGCGCUCAAACGGGGUGAUCGUUCAAGACCAACAGAAUGA